AAAAAAAAAGAUUUAUCGAACACUGUUCAUGCUUAAUGAAAAUAAAUGUGAAAAGGUGGUAGAAACAAAAUCGAAUACAUUUUUACUUUUUUUUUUCAAAUGUUCUCUAAAGGUGACAAAUCAUUAAUUUACCUUUUCUCUUCUUUGCGCAUGUAUGCGCAUUUGUCUUCUUGUCUGUAUACUUAUAUACGUUGACAUCGUCUCAUAUGUAUAUUUCGUUUUUUUAUUGACGAUGAAUAGUGGUAAUCAAUACGGAAAAAGAAGCUCGCAUUCGGUGAGAAAUUAGAAGAAGAGUUUUCUCCAGAACCAUUUUUACUAGAUCUAAAUUUAUUGAUGAUUUCAUCCCAUCGAUUUUGUUCAGGUUCGUUCUAAUCCACAACCAACGAGCUUCUUUGCGAAUCCUGCAACUGGUAUUGAACAACUUGAUGUUAUUGUAACAAGUGAUUACAGACGAAGUGGUACUGAUUCUCAACAACAACAACAAACAAGAUCGAAAACAAUGGUUGCUGGUAUGUAA